AUGUCAAGCACAUUAAAUACCUCCCAGGCUAUCUUACACGGGUUUCUCAACCAAACGCACACGUCAGACCUCCAUGCCGACUGGAUCAAUCAACCAACCCCGUGGCCUUGGGUGCUAGCAAGCGUUACACUCUCUAUCGUACUAGGAUUUCUGGGAGUUCAAGCGUCAUACAAGUCGUGGGAGCCAAAGGUGCGACGAUUCAGCGAUAGUCACAUCGCGAUUCCUCUUUACCCGCCCGCAGAUCCGAAAGGUUAUCAGCCACUACACCAGCGAGGUCUAAGCUCCAGCAGUAGCACCACUAUCUCGUUGUUGGAUGAGCGCAACAAGUAUGGCGGUCUCGGUCGCUGCGCCUUGAUCACUAGCAUCAUCGGGUUAGGGUGGUCGACUAUACGUGCGGGAGCCUUGCUCGCGGUUCUGGUUCAGAUCACAAUGGGGGAGAAGGGCCAUACCUACCCGGGCAUCAUCAGCAUUGUGAUCAUGUUCACAUCCGUGCAAACAUACUUGGGCACCCGCGCCAUGCCCCGGAUCCUGUACCUACUGAUUCUCGUGGAUCUCUGCGCUAUCUUUGCCAGCCUCAUCCUUGGACUGCUUUUGUUCCUCCACGACAGAGACACGGCCUACCAAGAAUUUGCCAUCUCCGGCGGAAAGUGCCCAUGUAUGCUGGGUUACAAAACAGGUCACAAUAUGAAGUCGUGUUCCGCGUUUGCACAGUCUCUACCUACUGUCGUCGGCUGCAACUCGAAAUACCUGUGGUUGAACAACACCAUUCCUGGGUCAGACGGGACGGAGCCAAUGCCGUAUCCGAAGUCAUGUUUGCUCUUCAGCGACUCGGCAGACGGUGAGGACGUCGACCCGAACAUGAUGACCUAUAUGGUCCUCGCAGAGAUUGUUGUUGGCGGCGUCGGCCUACUUUACGGUCUCAUUGUGCUCCUUUUCUCGUCGCGCUGGAUCCCAGAAGUUCUCAGACACCCAUCCCAGCUCCUACAGGCCUUAGCGAUGAACCGUCCAGCGAGCCGCAAACCCGACCUGAGGUACGAGAGCAUUACCGGCGUCGACGUGGCCAGAAGCCACAAAAUGCCUGGUCGGGCAAUCGGCAUGACGGUCCUGGCAUUCAUCGCGCUGCUCAUAUUCGCGGCCGUGACUAUCGUGGUCCAUGUCCUCGACGAGACCCGGCCCAUCAGGAUGUUCUACAUGGAUUCCUCUGGCCCGCUGGCCAACACACUGGGCGAUGGGACCGCCACCGCCGACGGAGGGGCAAGUUGGAGCGACUGCUUCGUCGUGGACACGCCCGUCUCGGCAGACGGGGGAUUUCACGCGUGGUGGGCCGUGAAGCAGAGUCGGAUAUUGCGGACACUUGCUCUGGCUUGA